AAUGUCAGUCUCCAACUUUCCUUCGCUGGUGUGAAAUGCCAAGUCCUGAAUUCUUUUCAACGUAAAUCGCGCUCUUUUGUUUAUGGUACGCGAAAAAUAAUAUAUCGAGAAGUAAACAAAAGAGAAUAAAGAGAAGUCUGCCAUGCGCAGUAUGGCCGAUUUAAGCGCAUCUGACUCUGAAUCAGAAAAUUUAAACCACGGCGAAAGUCAAGAAAACGAAACAAGCGACAAUAACGUGGAUGACACUGGUGAUCAAACUCAAAGCAGCGAAGAAAGCGAAGAGAUACUAGAAGAAAUCGCUGACUUGUUGCCCAAUCCAUCUAAAAAGACCGUUACUGCAAAGAAGAAAACAGCACCCAAAGAAUCCGAAGCUUCAACGUCCAAGUCUUCUACUAGUAAAAAUACUGCUAUUUCAAAAAAAAAGAUGCCUAUGAAAGAAAACAAGAUGAGACAGGGCAGUACCAAAUCUAUCACAACAAAGGACAUGAUCAUCAAUGCAAUUUUAGAGUUGAAUGAUAGGAAAGGGUCAACUUACCAAGCAAUCAAAAAAUACAUGACUGAAAAUUACGAAGUGACAGAAAAAAAAUUAGCAAUGGUUACAAAACUGUUGAAAACAGCAAAUGAAGAUGGAUGGCUUUUUCAAGUCUCUGGUACUGGUGCUUCAUCAGGCAGUCACUUUAAGUUACCACCUGAUAUAAAGAAAGUCAUGCAGAAAGAAAAGAAGAAAGAAACUUCGGAGAAUAGUAAAGAAGAAAAGGCCAAAUCUAAAGUCAAGACAGUAGUUAAAAAAAAAAUAGAAAAGCUUACUGCUGAAAAAAAUGUUUCAGCUAAGAAGAAACUUGCAACUGUAGCUUCUAAGAAGAAAGCAGCUGCAGUUUCUAAGAAAAAGACCACCAAAGCUUAAGUUUAUUUUGAAGUUAUACUUUUAGUUUUAUACGUGUACUUUUUUUUGUAACAUUUAUUUCCAAAAUUUUGAACUAGCUGUAAAAGCAAAAUUUAUUUCAACAAAAGUAAUUAUUAUAACUUAUUAAUACUGCUUUAAGUUUGUUUCGUAUGUUUUAUUUAUUAAAAUGAAGUUGUAUUGGUGCAAGAUUAUGUACUAAAUGUGUUGGAAAUAAAAACUCAUUACUAAGUAA